AGAGAAGCUAAUUAUAAUACUCCCUCCGUUUCAUAAUAAAUAAAUUGUUGAAUUUUGGCACAAACUUUUUAUUUUUACCCAAAAAAAAAAGAAAGAGCUGAUCUUAUAAUACCUUUUCAAAAGUUGAUUGGUUAUCGAUAAAUUUAGAAAAAAAUUCGAUGUUAAUGAGUUGGGGAUCAAAACAAUUGGAUGCCCACCCAGAUAAUAUAUAUAUAUGAGCAGGGGCAAAUCGGGCAUGGGAUAUAUGGAUAGAUAGCUAGGUUCGCCGGACGGUGAGAGCAAAAUAGUGUAGUAGUAGUAGUACAUUUUAUCGGUUAGUUCCUUCCCGCCAGAGUAGAGAAGACUGCCAUUAUUUCCGAUGGCGCUGAGCUUCAGCUUCUUCUCUCCGGCUCUUCCUAUUCAUCGCUCAAUUAUCUGUCAAGCUACAACCACCCUCUCCACUGCUGCUGCUGCUGCUCCAUCAAUAUCAUCACCUUCUGCUGCCGCCGCCUUAUCCUGUGCUCUCAACUGCUCUCAUUUCCAAUCGUGUUCUGGUUGCACGCAAGAGUAUGAUCUCCAUCGUCCAGUAGUAAUUGAUGACGCUAUCGCUUUCUUCCACAAGCUAGGCGUCAAAGAUUUUUCCUUUGAUACUUGUAGAUUAUGGGGAUGGAGGUGUCGUGCCAAGCUGGCUGUUCGCGGUUCAUCAAACAAGCCCCUAAUUGGGCUUUAUGAGGAAGGCACUCAUAACAUAGUUGAUAUCCCAGACUGUAAAGCUCAUCAUCCAAACAUCAAUGCUGCUGUCGAGCUCCUCAAGCAAGGGAUAAUUGAGUUGAAUGUUGAGCCAUAUGAUGAAGAUCAAGGCACUGGUGACCUGAGGUAUGUUCAGAUGGCCAUCACGACACAUGAUACAUCCCUUCCUAUCCCGGAGAGAUAUAAAAAUGGUAAAGUGCAGGUCUCUUUGGUUUGGAAUUCGAGAAGCGAGAAUUCAGCCAACACUGGAAAAUUAAAUGCUUUAGCCAAUUUCCUCUGGGGAAAUGGUGGGCCAAAGAGAAAAGUUCAUUUAAUUCAUUCUGUUUGGGCUAAUUUCCAGACAUCGUCAAAUAACAUUAUUUUCGGAAACAGAUGGAGACAUUUGUUAGGGGAAAGAGAUUUCUGGGAGCACAUUGGAGGGAUAGAUGUCUCUUUAGCUCCAUCAAGCUUUGGGCAAGCAAAUACGCGGGCUUUUGAUUCUUUGCUGCGGAAGUUACAGAAAUAUGUCCCUCAAGGUGCAUCAGUUGUUGAUCUGUAUGCAGGAGCUGGCGUAAUUGGGUUGUCUUUGGCUUUUUCAAGGAAAUGCAGGUCAGUUAAAUGUGUUGAGGUUAACAAAGAGUCCAGGCAAUCUUUUGAGAAGACAGUGGAGCGCUUGCCUACAAAUGUCGAAAGCAAUAUCAGCUGGCACCAUGCAGACGCUUCAAUAGAACCAACUUCAUGGCUCUUGGGAUCGGAUGUUGUUGUGGUUGACCCUCCGAGGAAAGGACUGGACCCGUCCUUGGUGAAGGAACUACGGCAUGUCUCAGCAAUGGAACGCAGAGCAUCUAAAAGACCUGAAAAGGUCAAAGACGAGAAGAGACCGUGGGUCCUGCGUGCCAGAGAAGCUGCAAUUCAAAUUGAAAGUACAACUGUACGCGAGGAAAGUCAAUCAUUGCCUCAAACUCUUAUCUAUAUUAGCUGUGGUUGGGAAAGUUUUAAAGAGGAUUGCUCGUCACUGCUAGCUAGUAAGGAAUGGCAUUUGCAUAAAGCCCACGGCUUUAAUUUCUUUCCGGGAACACAAAGUAUUGAGAUUCUAGCCGUGUUUAAACGAGGCAGAGGAGAAAGCACCAAGAAGAAGAAAUCAGGAAAAAAACAAAAGAGACCCCACUGAAUAAUUCAGUAAAAGAAUAGGACAACGUUGAAGCUCGUAUUCAACUGAAGUAAAUUACAAGGAAGAGAAGGGUUGGAAGGAGAAGGCUUCGCGCUGAUAUAUUUUCCAAGGCACAAGAUCAAUCAGUAUGAUCGCUGCUCUUGCCUUAUGGGUCCAACUGUAGUAUAAUUUACUCAUGCGGAAGUCAUUUGGUGCGUAACUAAGAAUGUUUUGUUUCACUCAUUUCCGGUCUGACAUCCGUAGCAUUGUAUUUGCAAGAAGCAGAGAGUUUUGCUAAAGGUAGAGAGAGAUUCAUGAAUUCAUGUAUAGCAGAAAAUAAUCUGUUUGGUCUCAAUUGUUUCUUUUCUUAUUUUUCUGAUGUUUUGCAUGAUGAAACUAAUAUAGUCAGUUUUAGAGUCA